GACCACUGGGAUUGCCACACUACGGACAUAACAAUGCAGAAUGCCCCUGUAGUAUCGCAUUUGGACCACAACACUACAGCCAUGGACCGUCCUACUUCCAGAUUCGAUACUCAUGCGUCUCUUGAAUACGAGAAUGAGAACGAGGAUAGCCUCUCUAUUCUGUCGCUCGACGUCAAUGAGAAUGAAAUAACUCUUAUGUUCUCACCCACCAUGUUCCCUCUCCAGCAAAUUUCCGACCAAGAAAAUACAGUUCAACGCGUUUCCAAGAUCGAUGUCGACGGCGAAAGCAGGAUCAUAUCAAACGCGUGCCGUCAAGAAAACGCACCACAAAAUAGGACUGCAUUCAUCAAUAGCGACACCCCCAAAAGGGGACAGAUCAUCCCAGGCGCCCCAUCAAGGGAAUCACAGAGGAGGCGGCCGGCCUAUACGUACCCGACAGCCGCGGAAGUCGAGGAACGCGUCCGUCGACAACGCGAGAUUGCCAGCUGGAAACCACCAAGUCAUCUGAUGCAGAGGUCUAUCAAUGAGAAUACCUGCAGAGCUAUAUCGAGCGUCAGUUCAGCCCUCGGCAUCGGCAUACGUCGGGCUGCCAUAGGCUCUGCCGCUGGUGCAAGUGCUUUAUAUCAUCAUGCUCGCUGGCGGAUUGCACCGACACAACACCAUGAGUCUUCUCAGCCGGCCUAUACGAAACGCGUGAGGACUUUCGACGGCGAAGACGGCUGGGUCGAGGUCUUGGGCACUUAGGAAGAUGCUCAGAGUGUAACUCCCUCACAUGGUAUGGCUGAGGAUUCUCUUCUAAUGGAGUACCCCGACGACCCUUUGGUUGUGUGGCUUGAUGUCAUUCACAUGCUGACUGUGCGUCUUUUUUACAUUUAAAUGGCCAGCGUCCUGAUGCCAGUCCCGGAAGGGAUAUCGUACGAGUUGGUGGCCGCUAUGGUAGAUCAGGGUCCUUACUGAGCAGCAACACUGGGUGGAAUGGGGUGCAAAGCUGCGAGACGACGAUUGCCUGCCAGAUCUUUGAGCCUUUUUGUCGCAUGGAAUACCUUAUUAGCCAAUACCUUUAGGUUUGUCAUGUGGUAUCUCUCCCGGAUGCUUGAAAGGCGCGUUAAGGCUCCCGUGACUAUAUUGAACGUAAUUCUCACUCUGUAAUGCCGUUUUUUAUGUCUUUGUUUGACCUUGCGAGAGUCAGGGCGAGCAAUGCAGCUCUAAGCAAACUGCGCUAUGAAAAUAUUCGAUGCAUACUCCUUC